UUGGCGUUUUUUUAAUUAUUUGAGUCUGAGCUCUGACCUAAGGUUGAAAAACAACAAUUUCUGGUGAACUUCAUGUCUUCAUGGCCUUUUUUUAUUUAGAAACUGUUGGAUAGAAAUUCAAUAUUCAAGUUAGGCAUGGUCCAAUAGGUUUUCAUAACUACACAAAUAAGAGCUAAAACUUCUGGCAUACACUUUAAUAGAAAAACUUUUCACACAUUUGUCUACUACAUAUUCUUUUUAAUUAUUGAAAUAAAAUGCCCGAACGUCACUCAUACGUCCUUAUCUUGAAAAUAUUUGUGAAACCCAAAAACAAUGUUUUCUUUAAAUUAUUUUACUUUAACUCUAAUUUUACACUCAUGUCGUGCUGAUAAAAAUACUUUACCAGUUUUUAUGUUGGAUUACGAUCAAGUUAUGUCAGAUGUAGAUGUUGAACCAAAUCCUUUUGACAAAAUGAGCGCGUCGAAAUUCGCGGACAUCAUCCACGAUUCGAUUAAAAAAAGUGAAGGAGUUAUAAUUUUCAUUGAAGAGUCGUUCAGCGCCGAAGAUAUUAGUGCGAAGGACAACUUCGGGACGCCAUUUAAAAACUUGAGAGAGGGUUUAGUGGCAAAUAAAGUCAAAUAUUUCCCCGGUGUGAUUGAGCCCUACAAAUUGUUGAACCAGAUUUUUCACCCGCAACAAUACAAUGUAUUUUAUUUGAGAUCCCGUACUAAGUUGCAGUUGGUUGAUAAUUUUAAGUAUAUAUACAUUUUUUUCCAAGAUGGGGUGAAUGAAACUCGUUCGGAUAUAUUAAGACGCCAUGAUACAAUUAUAAGGGAAGUUGUUUUUGUUGUACGCCAGUUGAAGCCCGGGCCGGUUGUGGCUUUUUACACGGGGAAAUUCAACCCUGUUGUGGUUGAGAAGGUUGAAUUUGUACCUAUCAAGCCGCACCCCGUACCAAGAGAUUUGGGGAUUAUGGUCGUGUCGUCUGGCGCUUUGUUUCGGUUUUCUGGCGUUUUCGCGGCAACUACAACCCGCCGAGCGCUGUUCAACCAACUCCCUAUGGUUGCCGAUGAGCGUUUCACGCGGCGCUCCAUGUCAACCAAGAUGGCGUACACUGACUUCGAAUUAGAAUUCAAUUUCAGUUUCAGAGAUGAAGGGUGGCUUAUAGAUAAUGUGGCGUUACUGGAGGCAGGUGAAGAAGUCGGCCGUACGGACAUGGGUGUGGGAGCACCCUGGAACUGGUCCUACGUGUGUGGGGAGCCACUGGUCAUUGUGAAUACACGAGACGGGAGUUCCGUCACAAUAUCCCAAUAUCAGAUUCAACCACGAGUAACAGAAUUCCGUCGCGACGGUCACUACCGCGUCCCCCGCGCCCACCUGACCUCCUACCGGAAGCAAGGGGAAGACGCUGGAGACGAGGACGAGGGAGACAAAAAAGGAGAGGCAUCUGAAGGGGAAGAAGAACCACCAGCUCCCCCACCCCCACCACCGCCACCGCCCCCGCCACCACGCCCCCCACCAUCCCCAGGAGACGGCCCCAAGGAGCCAGCCCCAUCGGACGGACCCCUAUGCUUUGGACAGAGCGUUAAUUGCGGCCCCUAUUUCAAUACAAACAUCCUCUCUGGUCUAAUGGUGACUCUACUCUGUUUGGGCAUUACCAUGUAUGGAGUCAUCUGCAUGAUGGAUUGCAGGGCGAAUAAUAGGUACGAGGAUGCUGGUAGCAAGUGGAUAUCGCAUGAGGUUCAGCAUUGAGGUCCCAACCUUGAAUAAUUUGCGCUAAUUAAGCGUUUGUAAUACCAGCCUAUAUAAUAAUGUCUACUUGGCACAGGCCUCUUCCCGUAUAGGGAAGGUUUGAGCAUUGAUCACUAGCUCACAGCGGCUUGGUGAUUUCAGAUUGUAAUAUUUAGAUUCCAGGUUUCCCGACGAUGUUUCGCGUUUGUCUGUGCUAUCUUAGCAUAAUUUAGAAAGUUCAUCAUCAUCUACAGCCUUUAUUCUCACGGUGCUUGGCAUAGUCCUGUUCUUUUUCGUACCAAUUUCAACGGUCGCUUCUUUUACUUAGUCUUGCCGUCACUUCGUCUGGCCUGCCCAGUCUUCAGCCUUGUGACAAAGGUGUGAACUUUGAAAAAGUGGCAUCGGUACUUUGCUUGAUGUAAAGUACCAACACUUAGAGCCCGAUACUUGCAGUGGAAGGUGGAACAUGCUCCAUCGACAGCAAGCGACGCUAAUGAUACUGUAUCAGACUCCAGACUGCAUUUGAUCCUUGUGUCGCUUGGGUUUCACAAUCAUUCCAUUCGUAUGCCAAAAAGCACCAGGAUUCAGGACAAGCAUUCGUGGAUCACAUCAUUUUUUCCUUUAUCCUAUAAGGCUUCUUCUGCUAGUAAUAUUCGGGGUUGUAAACGGGGAUUGUUGUUUUGAAUUUGACCCAAACUUGUGCGGCCUGGUGCACUUAUGGCGUGGUUGAGAACCUUUAUUUAAUGACAUGCAAAAGUAGACAUUAACUAUGGUAACCAAAGUUCAUAAUUGGCAAAACAUGAAUAGAACAAAAAAGCGCCGGUAUUUUCUUUGAUUUUAAAGUUACUUUGAACUUUAUUCCGCUGGUUUCAAGGUCUAGUUUUGAUUGUCAUGCGUUGUCUUCCCCUGGACAUUGUGUGUUAGGCCAGUAAUGCCAUUUCAAGUAGUGGUUUCAAUGCCAUUUCAAGUAGUUUAAAGUAUAAUAUGUUUACAUAAGUGUUAUUAAUAGUUAGUCAAUAAUUUUAUGUUGUUACAGAAUAAAUAUGUUUAAGGAAAA